AUGAUCGAAAAACAAUGCAUUUUUCAGAGGUACAUCGUAGUUGCAUUCUGCAUUUACCUAUCGAAUGUAGCCUUUGCAUCCGAAGCGGAUGCGCUCGAUUCGUCAACCGGAAUAGAAAGCCUGUUGUUGAAGAGGCGAGGGACGAAGGCGAAGACAUCCCAAAAUAGUGCAUAUCUCGUCGGUCGACUUUAUCUCAUGCUGUUAUUCAUGCGGUUAUGGAAGAUUGCUCUUGUUGAGAUUCAUGUACUACCGCAUCACCGUUCUCCAGAUGAAUUCAAGAAUGAGUUCAAGAGAGCACUGUUCCUCAGUGGUUAUAACAUAGCAUGUGACGGUGGAUGGCCAUUUGAAGCUUUCGAGUAUUUCUCAGGGCAGGGUGCCGUCACCGGAGGAGACUAC